CAUCGAUAACGUUAAUGAUGAAUCACGGUCAACGUAGCACUGCCACAGAUUUAAGUCUUCUACCCGUGGGUACCCAAUUUUUGCAGAACCUCGUACCUGUACCCGUACGAGUGAAUCAAACACAGGUACACGUGACCGACCCACGAUUCACCACGGAUGCUGCCCGGGCGGAUGGCCGGGCAGACAUCACCCGUGCCACACCUUAUCUGCAAGGAACGACUGCGGCGUGGUCUUCCUUCUCUUUUGGUAUGACUCGAGCAGACUAGAUAAGUUCCUCAUUCAAGUUGCUCUCGAAUUCCGAUUUCCAAACUCGAACAACGGACUACUAUGCCUGCAGGGUACUUACCUCUCCCUCAGACGAGCCCUCAAGACGACGACAACCACUCAUCCCACGGUGACGACGCGUCCGCCUGCGGGACUGCCGUGGACAGUGAACUCCGUUCAGUCGCUGCCGAGCAGGACGCACAUGCUGGCGUCAAGAAAGUCGAGGCCGCCCAGCGUGUAUAUGGGCGUUACUCCCGUUGGUGUCUCUUCGUCGGCAUUGGACUUGCGUCAUAUAUAUACUCCCUUGAUGCAUCGACAACUUACGCAUACCUUACAUUCGCUACUUCAUAUUUUGGCGAGCAUAGCCUUAUCAGUUCAAUCACUGUCGUACAGUCCCUCAUUAUUGCUGUUGGUAAACCCGUGAUCGCUAAAAUCGCGGAUGUCUCUUCCCGAGGCACCGCCUAUGUCGGCGUUUUGAUUUUUUACGUUCUCGGCUAUAUCGUGAUAGCUUCUGCCCCCAAUGUCACUAGGAUAAUUGGGGGCAUUGUACUGUACGCUGUUGGAUACACCGGAUUGCAACUACUCACACAGAUUAUCAUUGCUGACAUCACCACGCUCGCAUGGCGUGGGCUUGUUGUCUCCCUUGUCUCUGCACCAUUCCUUGUCAAUGCAUUUAUUGGCUCAAACAUAUCCACUGCAGUCAUCCAUUCUAUCGGCUGGCGAUGGGGUUAUGGCAUGUUUGCCAUCCUUGUCCCUAUUUCCCUUGCGCCCCUCAUUAUCACUCUUCUGUGGGCGGAACGUAAGGCCAAAAUGCUUGCUCUUCUCGACUCCCCCAAACCACGCAGUCGCAGAGGCUCAAGUCAACCAAACCUCCCACGUGGAUCCAUGAUAGUUAGCUUCCUUCGCUCCGCUGAACAGCUUGACCUAGUCGGACUCACCCUCCUCGGGUGCGCGGUUUCACUGACCUUACUUCCAUUGACAAUGAGUCGGACUGUGAACGGAAGCUGGAAGAAUGGCUCGACCAUUGCAAUGUUUGUCAUGGGAGUUGCACUCCUUGUCGUGUUCGCAGUCUGGGAUCUACGUUAUGCUAGUAGACCCGUGAUCGCUCCGCGGUUUAUCAGGAAUAGAAGCGUUGUCUGUGCAGCGUUCAUCGGCUUUUUCGACUUCAUGUCAUACUUCCUCACCUAUACGUAUCUGUAUUCGUUCGUCCUAGUAGUAAAACCUUGGUCACUCGUGAACGCGACGUACUUCAUUCAAGUGCAAUCCGUUGCACUGACAUUCUUUGGCAUUCUUGCGGGUCUCAGCAUGCGUUUUCUCCAUCGGUACAAGUAUGUACUCAUCAUCGGACUCGUAGUUCGUCUAGCGGGUGUGGCAAUGAUGAUCCAUUCGCGCGGUGGCAACGCCUCGGAUGCUGAGCUUGUAUGGACCCAGAUCCUUCAAGGUUUCGGCGGAGGUUUUGCCGCUGUUUCUUCACAAGUAGGGGCACAAGCAUCCGUGCAUCACGCAGAUGUGGCGAUCAUCACCGCGGUUGUGCUCUUAUUGACUGAAAUCGGCGGUGCUGUUGGGAACGCAUGUGCCGGCGCGAUUUGGUCGAACACGAUGCCAGAUAACCUGGAGAAGUAUCUGCCAUGGUUGACAGAUGAGAAGCGUGCAGAGCUGUUCGGGAGUAUAACAUUAGCAGCGUCCUAUCCGCUUGGUGACCCUGUGCGCGAGGGCGUCAUCAACGCGUAUGACGACACGAUGAAGAUCAUGGUGACCUUAGCCACUGUACUGAGCGUGAUACCCAUUUUGCUUGCCUUUGCAAUGCCGAACUGGUACCUAGGAGACGGGCAAAAUGCAAUUGAUGCUGCUGAUCUUACUGGGAGAUCAGUGCUCGAAGAUGACAGUGAGGAUGAGGAUGAACCGUAGUCUUGGUCUUGUUGAACAAGACAUCCUACUCUGUACCUUUCUUUUAAUCCCGUUUAUUGUCAUUGUAGGCUUGCCUAAUGUUGACAGUACGUAUUGUAUUAUGCGGCGUUGCUAUGUUCUUAUCAUAUAUCGUGACAAGCCUGUUCCCUAGAAAACGAGACU